AUGAAGGCAAGCAAGGGCAAGAAGAACUUCAUUCGUGAGGAACAAGCACCGGAAAAUCACAAAGAAGACGAAGCCGGGCCAUCGUCCGCGCAGCCCCAGACGCCCGUUGAUGACAAGGACAAUCGCGCUCGUUUUGCCAAGCAGAUUCUCUCCACAACUCCUAAAAAGAUCUUCAAGGAGUACAAGGACAAUGAAAUGGCCAAGAUCAAGCCCGACAACUACACGUAUCUCACCUAUCAGCGCAACGAGGAGAAAAAUCGUUAUCCGGAUAUCCUCUGCAUCGAUGAGACUCGCGUUGUUCUGAAGGAACGUGAGGCGACAAAUGACUACAUCCACGCCUCAUGGGUGAAGCUGCCAAAUGGCCGGAAGUACAUCUGCACGCAAGGCCCGCUGAAGGAAACCCUCGAAGAUUUCUGGCACAUGAUCGUCACCGAAAAGUCGCCCGUCAUCGUCAUGUUGUGUAAUCUGGAAGAGCAGGGGGAGAGCAAGUGCGAGCGAUACUAUCCGAAAGAAGGCAAAACCAUGACGUUUGGCAAGUACUCGGUCAAGUACAAGAAGGACCUCAAAUGCGUUACGCCCGAAAUCCCGGUGCAGCAGUAUGUCGUGACCGGUGGCAGUUCGACGCAUACUGUGACGCACUACUUGUGCCAAAGCUGGACCGACCACGCAUGCCCCAUCGAUCCGACCCCUAUCAUCAAGCUGCUGAAGAAGGUGAUUGCCGAAUCGAAAAAGGACGUCAUCACGGUCCAUUGCUCCGCUGGCAUCGGCCGAACGGCCACCUUUUUGGGUAUUGAAUACGCGACGCUGAGGGCGCAGAAUGAUCCCGACUUUAAGAUGGAGCAGCUGCUGAAGGAGCUGCGCUCCCAGAGGUUCCAAGCGGUCCAGGGCGGCACCCAAUACCUUUUCCUUCACGUCGCCAUCCUGCAGCUCUGGGCCAGCGAGGGUCUUUUGAAGCCGGAGUCGUGCGAGACGUUUUUUGAGUCCUAUCGCAAGGUUAUGAAUCACAUGGUCGCCCGCAAGAAG